AUGGGCCGUGAUGAUAGACGAAGCGACAAAGACUAUCGAAAACGCGCUCGUAGUCGUUCUCCGGAAAGACGUCCGACCGAGCGAAGUCGGAAGAGGGAAAAAGAGAUCUUCAAAAUCCCAGAAAAGUUGAGCUCGGAAGACAAAAUCAAGUACAUUCUCAAGGGAGGAUCAGAAGUUCCUGUCAAUCCAGCGCUUUUGGAAGAAAACGAAGUCAAACUAUCAACAAAUGCGACACCCCUCUCAUUAGAAGAAAUCAUCGAAGCUAAAAAGGCAAAAGAAGAUGAGCUUUCAAAACCAAAAUUCAUCUCAAAAGCAGAGAAAGCAAAAAUAGCGCUUGCAAAGAGGCAAAAAGAAGCUGAUGAGGCUAGAAAACGAGCUGACGAGCAAAGAGCCAAACAAAAGGAAAUCUUCCAGCAAGGCAGAAUCCAAAAUGAUCCAGAAUUUGAGCGGAGACAAAGGAGAAAAGAACUAGACGCAAGAAGAAGUGAGCGAGAAGAUAGAAGGUCACAAAAAGAUUCGGAAAAAGAGCAAACUGCGAUCAAAGACCGAUAUCUUGGAGCCGCUAAGAAAAAGAAGAAAGUAAGAAAGCAAAAUGAACGAAAGUUCGUCUUUGAUUGGGACGCAGGCGACGAUACAUCAAACGACUACAAUCCUCUCUAUCGAGAGCGUCAUCAAGUACAGCUCUUUGGCCGUGGCUACAUCGCUGGAAUCGACAUCAAGUCCCAACGAAGUGAAACCGGCGCAUUCUACUCAAAGCUUCUCGACGAAAAGUGGUCAGAAGAUCAGUCUAGCAGGAACAAGGAGCUGCAAGAUAUGCGAAAGAAGAAAGAAGAGCAAAAGGCAUUCGACGAGCGUCACUGGCGAAAGAAGCCGCUAGAAAUGAUGAGAGAUCGAGAUUGGCGUAUUUUGCGAGAAGAUUUCUCCAUCGCUACCAAGGGUGGAAAUAUUCCGAAGCCGAUGCGAUACUGGAAAGAAUCCAUCAUUCCAGAAAACAUCCUCAAAAUCAUUUCCGAUGUCGGAUACAAAGAUCCAACUCCUAUUCAACGACAAGCCAUUCCCAUCGGUAUGCAGAAUCGAGACAUUAUCGGUGUUGCUGAAACUGGUUCCGGUAAAACUCUUGCGUUUUUGGUCCCUCUCCUGGUUUGGAUCGACUCGUUGCCCAGAAAUAUCCGUGUUGAGGAUGCAGAUAAGGGUCCCUAUGCAAUUAUUCUAGCACCAACAAGAGAAUUAGCAACGCAGAUUGAAGAGGAAGUCAUAAAAUUCGGUGGCCCUCUCGGAAUCAGAUCAGUUGCCGUUAUUGGUGGUGCUUCUCGAGAAGAGCAGGGUCUGAAGCUUCGCAUGGGUUGUGAAAUUGUCAUCGCCACGCCUGGUCGUUUGAUCGAUGUUAUCGAGAACCGAUAUCUUGUGCUGUCACAGUGUACUUAUAUCGUUUUGGACGAGGCUGAUCGUAUGAUUGACAUGGGUUUUGAACCGGAAGUCCAGAAGAUUCUUAGCCACAUGCCAGUAACUAACGAAAAGCAGGACAACGAGGCGCUUGAGGAUGAGGAAGCAAUGAAGAAGAACUUCUUCGACAGAAACAAGUUCCGUCAAACGGUCAUGUUCACGGCAACAAUGCCUCCGCCCGUCGAGCGCAUCGCAAAGACCUUCAUGCGUCGACCUUGCACAGUCUAUAUCGGCUCAGUCGGCAAAGCGGCUGAUCGCGUCGUUCAGAAGGCUUACUUCGUUCCUGAUGGACAGAAGGCGAAGAAGAUGAUCUCGAUUUUGGAAGAGGAGAAUUGCCUCGAUCAAGGUCCGAUCAUCGUGUUCGUCAAUCAGAAGAAGGGUUGCGACGUGCUUGCAAGACAACUGGAAAAGUAUGGAUACGAUGCUAUUUCGCUCCACGGUGGAAAAGGUCAGGAUCAACGAGACUACGCCCUUGCUUGCAUCAAAAAUGGAGAAAAGAACGUGCUUGUCGCCACUGACGUUGCUGGUCGUGGUAUUGAUAUUAAAGAUGUCUCGCUUGUCCUCAAUUAUGAUAUGGCCAAAAAUAUCGAAGAUUAUACCCAUCGUAUCGGUCGAACAGGUCGUGCAGGUAAAUCUGGUAAAGCAGUCACGUUCCUCACGCAGGACGACGCUCACAACUUCUACGAUCUCCGGCAGAUGCUGAUCGAAAGUGCCUGUAGCUCUUGCCCACCCGAACUUGACAGACAUCCCGAAGCGCAACAAAAGCCCGGCACGAUUAUACAGAAAAAGCGUAAAGAUGAAACUGUUUUUGUUAAGUAA